CUCAAGACUCACUCGCUUCGCCAACACAAGGGUUCUUGAGUCUUGCAUUGAAUGCUUGACAUAACACUUCACAGGCAUACAUACACCAACGCGAUUGUGAACGUGUGCAGUUAUUAUCUAAUACCACAUUGUCAAGACAAGAACGACUCUCAGGCUCAACGUCAUAGCGGCUGACGAAGCGAUUACCAUCCGAGAUCGAAUCACUUUCUCUCUCCCUCCCUCUCCCAUCCGUUUUCGGUCUUGCUGCUGCUUUUACCUUGCCCAACUUAUCCUAGGCAUCCCAAGCCUUUUCUGGUGUAGCUCCCUUCUCCGAUUAUUCAAUCUCUUAUUUUUCCUAUGCUUUUGUCUGCAUCUGAUGCUGUUUGAUCUACUCCAUGAGCGGGCUCCUCUCCUCUUUGUUGAUUGAACCCGUCGUUCGGCAGGCCCGUCGCCUCUCACAACAGACCACUCCACCACCGUCCUCCGACUCCCUCGCAGCUGAAAAAGAUCGUGCCUCAAUCGUGGCCAGUAAUGGCACCGAUCAUUCUCACAGUACGGUCAUGAUCGAUUCAGACAACCCAGUGGAUCUGCCAAAUGCCGGAGAUGCGGGGUCUGAAGAUAGCCGCCCUGUCCCAUCCACUCCACCUUCGAACAGCUCGCUGAGUCGAGUUUCUCAUGGACUAGAACACCGGUUCCCCGCUGGAUGGACAAUCAAUGCAAGUCCUGCCGGCGUAUCACGGAAUCUCUCUCCCCAGAUGACGCGCACAAACCCCUUGGCCAGCCCACAGCAGACCGUCUCAGCUCUAACUAGGCAAGAUGCCUUCCAACCGUCAAAUCCACACUCGCAGACCCCGGAGCAGGCAUUGAGUAGCAUUGUUGGGACGGACGAGUCCGGUCCUUCGGCGCUCCCAGAGGACGACGGAAUGGGUGCUCUACGGAGCCGGAUUCAUGCGAUUCGAGAUUUGGGUUAUAGCAACACAGACCAGGCACGCAUGAUUCACGCACUGAUGACCGAGAAAUACAACCUCCACCGGGUCGACUCUGCCGACCAAAGUACUCCCAGGAGUCCGACGCCUCUCACUCCGCAGAGCCCGAAGCAGGACGAAUCUGCUCGCCGAUGGAGCAUCAUAUCCUUGGAGCGGUCGCUAUUACCUUCGUCCUCCACUCCUGUUAAGAGUGAGAUCUCCUAUAACCUGACGCCGGAAGAUCUGGUGCCGACAUAUGCACCAAAGCCAGAACUAGAAUCCCCUGCCUGCGAGGUUGACGAUCUGGACCUCGAAGAGGUGGAGGAAGUCUUUCUUGGCUGCCCACAUUAUAAGACAAACGUCAAGGCGCAGUGUUUUGACUGCAACAAAUGGUACACAUGCCGGUUCUGCCAUGACGAGGUCGAGGAGCACCGUAUGGACCGGCCGAAAACAGAGCACAUGCUCUGCAUGCUGUGUGGGGAAGCCCAGCCUGCAACACAAUCCUGCAGGAAGUGCGGCGAACAAGGGGCGCAGUAUCACUGUGAUAUCUGUAAGCUUUGGGACAACGACGCCAACAAGAGUAUAUAUCACUGCGGUGAUUGUGGCAUCUGCCGCAUCGGUAAAGGGUUGGGGAAAGACUUCUUCCAUUGCAAGACAUGUAGUGUCUGCCUUCCUAUAUCUAUCGAGAACACUCACCGAUGCAUUGAGCGAUCCACGCAAUGCGAUUGCCCCAUUUGCGGAGACUAUAUGUUUACUUCCCCGGAGACUGUAGUAUUCAUGCGUUGCGGCCACAGCAUUCACCAACGGUGUCUUUCCGAAUAUUCCAAGACUUCGUACCGCUGCCCGAUCUGCAGCAAAACCAUCACCAACAUGGAGUCUACAUUCCGAAAUCUGGAUCGCACAAUUGAAAGCCAACCUAUGCCGGCCGAAUUCAAGGACACCAAGGCUCUGGUCUAUUGCAACGACUGCAGUGCGAAGUCUGUCGUGAGAUAUCAUUGGCUGGGACUGAGAUGUGAUCUGUGUGAAUCGUACAAUACCGCACAGAUUCGUCUGGUUCGAGGCAACGCUUCAGACCCUUCUGCCCUGGAGAGUGAUAGCGAAGGAAUUUCGACACCGCGGGCCAGGUCUUCCUCGCAUGGCGCUGAUGAGAGCGGUCUGCCUGCGUUCGAGUCGCUGCGCAUCGACACUAGCUCAGUUCCCGGGCCCGACUCUCGGCUUUCUGUCCCCAUGUCUGCCGAUCCGAGUCGGCAAUUCGCCUCCUACAGCUUGACUCGUGAUCGUGCUGUGUCGCCCGUCAUCAGAAACUACUUUGGCAUUCCGCCUGACCGCGAUUCGGAGCGGUCGCAGUCGACUUCCUUCUUCAGCGGCCUCACAUUUGGUGGCGUCGGCGGUGGCGGAGGAGGAGGGAACGAAGAUGGUGGUGAACUUCGAUUGUGGGGCACCAAGUUCAAGUACAGCUAUGGUUUCCUCGGGCAGGAAGCUGAGUCCGUCGACGGCGCGUCCGAUGCCGAUGCCGAAGAAGACGAGGGUGACGGUGCCUCAGGGAACAGCGGCUCUGAAGACGGCAGCGACGAGGAAGAGGAUGAUGACGAGGGUAUUGACAUCUUUGGCCACCGCUGAGCGUGCUACCCACAACUCCUGCAGCGGCAUGAAAUAGGCUUGCCUAUUUCCCGAUGCGGCUACUUUCUGACUUUGGCCACAAGCCGCUGACCUCGUUCGCAUAAUCGAAAAGUGACGACCGACAAACUACAUUGGCGAAGACGAAAGUUGGCUGGACCAACUAAGUGACUUGUAUGAUAUCGUGCUAUGGAUAUGGUGGGCGUCUAGUGAUGCAUGACUCGGUCCGCAAACUCGCUUGUUUCUUACGGAUGAUACAUUUUGCAUUUAUAUUCGGCGUCUGAGUUGCAGGGACGAUGAUAUGCUUAAAAUGUUGGGACUCGCGAUGCAUUGAAUGACACAUCUCGCAUGCAUGAGGGAGAGAGGCAUAGUCUAGAUUUUUUAUUGAUUUUAACCAUUCAACUACUACUAAUUCUGCU